AUGACAGGCAGACACGGCAGAGAUAACGGGCAGAUACGGCAGAGUUACCAGGUAGAUACGGCGGAGACACUGGGCAGAUACAGCAGAGAUGACAAGCAGAUGCGGCAGAGUUACUGGGCAGAUAUGGCAGAGAUACUGGGCAGAUCCAGCAGAGAUGACAAGCAGAUGCGGCGGACAUACUGGGCAGACACGGCAGAGAUAACAGGCAGAUACAGCGGAGAUAUGGCAGACAUACUGGACAAAUACGGUGGAGAUGACAGGCAGAUGCCAACCUCCUCCUCAUUGUCCUCAUCCACCUCCUCCUCAUUGUCCUCAUCCACCUCCUCCACCUCCUCCUCUUCAUUGUCCUCAUCCACCUCCUCUUCAUUGUCCUCAUCCACCUCCUCCUCAUUAUCCACCUCCUCCUCCUCAAUGUCCUCAUCCACCACCUCCUCCUCAAUGUCCUCAUCCACCUCCUCCUCUUCAUUAUCCUCAUCUACCUCCUCCUCAUUAUCCACCACCCCCUCCUCAAUGUCGUCAUCCACCUCCUCCUCUUCAUUGUCCUCAUGCCAUGUGUGUGCAGCCAAUGGCAGCCUGCCCCUGGGCGAUUCCAGCUACAUUCCGGAAUUCUCCGAGUCUUCCCUCGGCCUCGGACACGUGGCCCUGACCUUCAACUCCCAGUCUCCGAAGUGGGGGACACCAGCAACCAGCAACCCAGUGUGGAGCAGGGACAGGGGUCAAGUGCGGAGCAGGGACAGUGGAAAGGGGCCCAAUGUGGAGCGGGGACAGGGGCCCAGUGUGGAGCAGGGACAGGGGCCCAGUGCAGAGCAAGGACAGCGGACAGGGGCCCAGUGCGGAGCAGGGACAGCGGAGAGGGGCCCAGUGCGGAGCAGGGGCAGGGGCCCAGUGUGGAGCGGGGAUGGGGGCCCAGUGCGGAGCGGGGACAGUGGCCCAGUGCGGAGCGGGGACAGGGGCUCAGUGCGAAGCGGGGACAGGGGCUCAGUGCAGAGCGGAGACAGUGGACAGGGGCCCAGUGCAGAGCAGGGACAGGGGCCCAGUGCAGAGCGGGGACAGGGGCCUAGUGCGGAGCGGAUGGGAGCAGCUAGCGGUCAGACCACGUGA